AUGAUCUCCACCACAGUCCGCUGUCGAGCCGACGCUUCCCGGCACACGGCCAAGCUCGCGCGAGCCGUUGCCCCUGGAAGCUGUCACCAGCGCCAUGCCAUUGGCCUGAGCCUUUCCCACCAACACCAGGCCGCCAGCCCUUGUUCGUCGUUGUCGCGGCGGCACUUCUCCGCGACGCCGGCGACCCAGCUCCGCGACUUCUUCCCCGUCAAGGACACGCCUCACAUUCUCAAGACUAAGCCGGCCUGGCCGCACCAUGGGUACACCAUGGAGGAGAUGACGGCCGUGAUGCCCGCCCACCGCAAGCCGCGCAACUUUAGCGAUUGGGCCGCCUGGAAGCUUGUUCGGCUGGCGCGCUACUUCAUGGAUAAGGCUACCGGCAUGGACCGGAAGCAGCAGGUCGACAAGAAGAACCCGACGACGGCCAUCGAGGCCGAGAAGCCACUGACCGAAGCUCAAUGGCUUAUCCGGUUCGUCUUCCUCGAGAGCAUCGCCGGCGUCCCCGGCAUGGUCGGCGGCAUGCUCCGCCACCUCAACAGCCUGCGGCGCAUGAAGCGCGACAACGGCUGGAUCGAGACGCUCCUCGAGGAGAGCUACAACGAGCGCAUGCACCUCCUGACAUUUAUGAAGAUGUGCGAGCCCGGCUGGUUUAUGAAGCUCAUGAUCAUCGGCGCCCAGGGUGUCUUCUUCAACGGCCUCUUCAUCGCCUACCUGCUUCACCCCAAGGUCGUCCACCGCUUCGUCGGCUACCUCGAGGAGGAGGCCGUUCACACGUACACGCGGGCCAUCUACGAGGUCGAGCAGGGCCAGCUCCCCAAGUGGGCCGACCCUAAGUUCAAGAUCCCAGAACUUGCGAUCCAGUAUUGGAACAUGUCCGAGAGUAACCGCACCAUGAAGGACCUCAUUCUCUACAUCCGAGCCGACGAGGCCGGGCACCGCGGCGUCAACCACACUCUGGGCAACCUCAACCAGAAGGAGGAUCCGAAUCCGUUUGUGAGCACCUUCAAGGAUCGCGAAGCGCCCAAGCCGAGUCUCAAGCCCGCGGGCUACGAGCGAUCCGAGGUCAUUUGA